AUGAAGUUCUCCUUCGCCAUUGCUUUGUUCGCCUCUGCUAUCGCCACCGUUGCGGCUUCCCCUUAUCCUCCCCCUCCCCCUCGAGAUGUCGUUGCGGAAACAAACGCUUACCGCUUCGCGCGCGGACUUCCCCCAAGGAGUCCCAUGCGUCGUGCUACUCCAGUUCAAGCUGCACGGAGGAGCAAACCAUCUGGUGUAUCUGGUUCAUGCAACACUGGCUCUGUUCAGUGCUGCCAAUCCACUCAAAAGGCUGAUAAAUCCCUCGUUGGACUCCUUGGUGCAUUGAUUGGUGGAGUUGUUCCUCUUGGAACAACCAUUGGCCACAACUGCAGUCCCUUGUCUGUAGGCGGCAUUGGUGGCAACUCUUGCUCUCAACAACCUGUCUGCUGCGACAGCAACCAUUUCAAUGGUCUUAUCAACAUUGGAUGCACACCCAAGCUCGUCGUCGGUGUCAUCAAGAUGGUUAAAGUAUACAAGCCCGGCAAGGUCGCUAUUGUCCUCCAAGGCCGUCACGCCGGCAAAAAAGUCGUUGUUAUCAAGCAAGUCGACGAGGGAUCCAAAGAUAGGAACUACCCCCAUGCCAUCGUUGCUGGCAUCGAGCGCUACCCCCGAAAAGUGACCAGGCGUAUGGGUCAGAAGAAGUUGGCCCACAGGAGCAAGGUUAAGCCUUUCAUCAAGGUCAUCAACUACUCCCACCUUUUCCCCACCCGUUACGCUCUCGAGCUCGAGGGUCUUAAGGGAUCCGUCACCGUCGACACCUUCAAGGAGCCCACACAGAGAGAGGAUGCCAAAAAGAACGUGAAAAAGCUGCUUGAGGAUCGCUACACAAGCGGAAAGAACAAGUGGUUCUUCCAGCCUCUCAGAUUCUGA